CACAGUUGCAACAGUCCCAACAAGUAUGGCAAGUAAAUUAAAUCUAGUUUUGGGUUUCUGCCUCUUGGCAGUUGCCUUGAGUUCCGGCGAACGUGCCCGUUACGACAACUAUCGCGUUUACCAAACUACCGCUUCCAGUCCUGCUGAAUUGGAGGUUCUGAAGAACUUGGAGGGUGCCAGUGAUUCGAUUAUGUUCUUGGAUGGCAUUCAUCACAUCAACAAGCCCAUAAGCGUUGUCGUAGCCCCCCACAAGGUCCCAGACUUUUUGGAAAUUAUGGGUAGCAAUGAAAUCGAUUAUGAGUUGAUAGAGACAAAUUUGCAAAGUCAAUUGGAAGACGAUGAAGAACAGGUGGCCAAGCCAAACUCCUUAGCCCGUUCUUUGGACUACAACUGGAAUCAAUACUACCAAUUGGAUGAUACCUACAGGUGGAUGCAACAAUUGGCCGUUGAAUACCCCGGUGUUGUGACUUUGAUUGAAGGCGGCAAAACCUAUCAGGGACGUUCCAUUUUGGGUGUUAAGAUCUCCAAGAGCCAAACCACCAAGCCUGGUAUCUUCGUUGAAGCAGGUAUCCAUGCCCGUGAAUGGAUUGCUCCCGCCACGGCCACCUACUUGAUCAAUCAAUUGUUGACCUCCAAUGUGGAAAGUGUUCGCAACAUUGCCCAAAACUACGACUGGUACAUUUUCCCCCAUGCCAAUCCUGAUGGUUAUGUCUACACCCACACCACUGAUCGCAUGUGGCGCAAGACCCGUACUCCUUAUGGCAGCUGUUUCGGUGCCGAUCCCAACCGCAACUGGGGCUUUGCCUGGAACACUGUAGGUGCCAGUAACAAUGCCUGCUCUGAUACCUAUGCUGGUCCAUCGGCUUUCUCUGAAAUUGAAACCCGUUCCUUGUCCGAAUACAUUGCCUCGUUGAAAAACAAAAUUUCCCUGUACAUCUCCUUCCAUGCCUACUCGCAAUAUUUGUUGUAUCCUUAUGGCAAUACUGCUGCCUUGCCCGCCAAUGUCAAGGAUUUGAAGCAAGUAUUUGAUGCCAGUGUUGCUGCCAUGAACAAGCGUUACGGUACCAAAUACACCGGUGGCAACAUCUACGAUGCCAUCUAUCCAGCUUCUGGUGCUAGUGUCGAUUGGGCCUACGAAGUUGUUGGCACCAAGAUGUCCUUCUGCUAUGAAUUGCGUCCAUCUUCGAACUCUAUUUUGACUGGUUUCAAAUUGCCAGCUGCUCAAAUUGUCCCCACCGGUGAGGAGACUAUGGAUUCUAUUACUGCUAUGGUUCAAGAAGUCCAAAAAUUGGGUUAUUUUAAGAACUAAGUGGGAUGAGUUUGAAAAUCGAUAACGAAAUAAAUUUUGUUUGCACAUUCGA